UUUGAAAUCUAAUAGUCAUAUAUGUUUUUCAUUUUCAUUUUUCACGUCACAAAUCUCUCCACAAUUACCUUUAGUAAUCCAUUUUUUAUUUUCAAAUCUUUUCUCUUUCCUUUUAUUGAUUUCGUGUCAUUUAAGAUGUACAUUUCUUUUCAUCACUUCAAUUUAAUUUUUUUUAAUUUUUAUUUUGUUUAGUUUUUCAUCUUAGAAAUUAUUGAAUCUGUUAUUCUCGGUGUAUUUACUAAAACAUUUAUGUACUCGAUAACUUGAUUCUUGAUUCAUUUAUGUAUAUACUUGAUAACUUAGUUGUAGUUGAUUAGUUAUUGAUUCAUUCAUGUUGUAUUAGUAAAUUUGUCGACAAAUUUGAUAAAAAAAUUAAGAAUUUUUUCGAAUAAUGGGAAUAAUUGUUUUUAAAUAUUACAGUACUUAUCAAUCUACUAAAUAUUAAAAAUAGUAAUGUAUCAUGAGUAAUCUAUCCAUCUCGAGAUAAUAAAUUAAGAAGUUGAGUAGACAACACAAUACAUGUUUUUCCAUAUCUUUUAUUAUCAUAUCUUUUUACCCUUGAGUUAAUUUAAUAUAUAGUAAUGUAUUAUGCACAAUUUUAUAAGCAUUUACAUAAAUACAUAUACAGAUUGUAUCGUAUAGGACUCUUUUAGGAAUAGAAUAGAAUUUGUAUUCUCGUAGGAGUUAACUACAUCGGUUCUUGUAUUUUGUAUCUAUAAAACAACACAUUGGUCUUUCAUUAUCGGAAUAAGAUCGAUACUUUGUUUUACCACCUUCAUCAUGGUAUCAGAGUAUUAGUAAAUAAUAACAAAAUAAUGACACGAAAUAAAACGAAAUUGUCAGUUCUCCAUACACGCUGCAACCAACUGAUAAUCCUAGAGUAUCUCUGGCCACAUGUUUGCUCACACAAGAUAAUUAUUCGACGUGGAUGAGGGCCAUGAGAAAUUCCUUAUUGUUUAAAUCAAAGUUAGGUUUCGUUAAUGGUAGUCUUCAGUGACCGACAACAAACUCUAUAGACGAAGCUGUCUGGAUUAUGAGAAAUUCCAUGGUAAUACCUUGGAUUUUCAACUCGAUUCAUCCCUCUCUUCACAGUAGUGUAGAUUUUUUUAUACGACAAGUGAACUUUGGAAAGAUUUGGAGGAGUGAUUUUCACAAGGGAAUGCUCCUCGAGUUCACCAGCUGAAGUUGGAGAUAGUAAAUACACAACAACAUGAUCAAACAAUGAGUGAUUACUUCUCAAAAUUGAAGGGAUUAUAUCAUAUUCUCAAUUACCAAACUGCAGUUGUGGUACUAUUAAGGAAUACAUAGCAGAAAGGGAAAAAGAGGAGGUUCAUCAAUUUUUUAUGGGAUUGAAUGACCAAUUUAAAGUUGUUCGAUCUAAGAUCUUAAAUACUGAACCAUUACCAACUCUUUCUCCUGCGUAUGGAUUAGUUUCACAGGAAGAACAACAACAACUCACCAAAAGCAAAGGAAAUAAUUUAUUGGAGAAGGCUACAUUUACUUCAAAGAGCAACACCAAGACUUUCAACUCUCGUCAAUUGUUAGGUAAUCAUGAUGUCUCAAAAUUAUUUUGUGAUCACUACAAACGGUGGAGAAAAACCAAUGAAAAAUGCCUUGAACUACAUGACUAUCCAUAUUGGAGGGAAACAAUAGAAAAGGAAAAGGACUUAACCACGAGGAAGCUAAUUGGCAUGGGUAUACUGAAGAAUAGCCUUUAUUAUUUUCAAAGUCAAGCACUAGUUUUAACUCUUUUGUCAAAUAAAGACCAGAUAGUUUUGUGGCAUCAAACAUCUAGGUCAUGCGUCUUAUAGUCGUUUGACUUUCAUUUCAGAACUUCAAUUUUUUUAUUUUAAUAAGUUAGAUGACUAUUGUGAUGCUUGCCACCGAGCUAAGCAAAUUCGAAAGUCAUUUCGGGUGUGUUUGGUAUGGAGGAAAAUGUUUUUUGGAAAACAUUUUUCUAUUUUCUUUUGUUUGGUUGCAACAAAAUAUUGGGAAAACAUUUUCCCAAACGACUUGUUUUCCUAAAAUUAGAGGAAAACGACUUCCGUAACAAAUCUGUGGAAGUCAUUUUCCAAAAAAGAAGCCGACGCAAAAUUCACCCCUCGCAUAUCCCCACUCUCAAACGUAGUGAAGGAGGUUGUUUCUAUAUUAUUUCUCCAGCUUGUUCCUCUCCAAAUUUAGGGUUCCCAUUGUUGUUCUUCUCAUUCAUAUUUCUGUAAGAAAUUCGAAGGUAUGCUUUCAAUAAUUAUAGUUGUGCCAUUUUUGAUUGCGAAGUUCUUCAAAAUAUUCAUCUUUCACUUGCUUCUUUACUGAAAUACUUGCUCAUGAGUUUUAAUUUGACUUUAUUUGGUGAAUUUAUGCAUUUGAUUCAAUAUUUUUUGGUAAAUCUAUGAAUUGUGGCCUACUACUUUCGAUUAUUUCAUAUUUUUCUGGGAUUUGACCCAAGUAUGUUUGGUUGUGUGUGUAAUGUUAUUUGUUCACAAAUAUGUAGAUUUAAAAUAGGAUUUUAGAUUUUGAUUUGUGGUUAAGAAAUGGAAGAUAUGGAGGAGUGAUGUUAAGGGUUUGAAACAGAGAAAUGGAGUUGGGUCAGAAGGGUCUGAUUGUUCAUCAAUGAACAAUGAUACUUAUACAGCUGUUGUUGCUGCUGUAGUUAGAGCUCCUCCUAAUGAUUUUAAGGCUGUUAGGGAAGAAUGGGCUGCAAUUAGGAUUCAAACUACCUUUCGUGGAUUCUUUGUAUUCCCUUUAGAUUUCUUGUUUUUUCCUUUUUAUUGGGUAAUUUGGAGGAAAGGCAUUUCAAUUCUCUGCUGGUUUUGAUAUUGAUUUCCUCAAACUUGAUCAGACGUUGUUAUAAGCCUUGACAGAUUUUCUUAUUAUGUUCUUUUCUUUGUUAUAUCAUAAAACACAAUUACGUUAUAUUGAUCGUUGGAACAGAUGGAUAUGACAAACAAAGAUGAAGAUGAUGCAAUAGUUGGAGCUGUAGCUACAUCUGUUUUAGCUUUCGGAGUUGCGAUUAAUGUAGCCUAUAAAAAUCAAAGUAGCAUUUCUAGAGAACCUUAAAGGAAUAAAGAUCAACAAAGGGAAUUUUACAUGAAUAGUAUUUUGAAUGGAAGUGAUGUUCAUUGUAUAGGACAAAUAAGGAUGAGCAAGCAUGUGUUUUAUGAACUAUGUAAUGCUCUUACAAGAAACAAUUUGUUGAGUUCAAGCAAAAACAUGUCUAUUCAAGAACAAGUUUUAAUAUUUUUAGAGAUCGUUGGUUUUAAUGAACGAUUUCGCAAGAUUGGAUCACACUUCUAUAGGUUAAUAUUCAUCGAUGCUUUCACAUGGUACUUCAAGCAGUUUUGAAGCUCUACUCUAUCCUUAUAAAACCACCAGAUGGUGGUAUUCAACCGGAGAUAAGGAACAACUAUCGAUAUUAUCCAUGGUUUGCUAAUUGUAUAGGAGCAAUAGAUGGCACACAUGUGCUUGCAUCCAUUCCUAUUGAACAACAAAGUAGAUUUCGUGGUCGAAAAGGCACAACAACACAAAAUGUAUUGGCUGCCAUCAACUUUAAUUUGAAGUUCACGUAUGUACUAGCUGGUUGGGAGGGAUCUGCUCAUGACUCUCGCAUAUUAAAUGAUGCAUUAGAGAGACCACAUGGGUUUCAAAUCCCCCAAGUAAAUUCUAUCUUGGAGAUGCGGGAUAUGGACUUCGUAAGGGAUUCAUUCCUCCUUAUCAUGGAGUACGCUAUCACUUACAAGAGUAUAGUGAUCAUCCACCCCAAAAUGAAAAGGAAUUAUUCAAUCUUCGGCAUGCAUCAUUGAGAUCCACAGUUGAACGUGCCUUUGCUAUUCUCAAGCGACAAUUUCGUGUAAUUGAUAAUGAACCCUUUUGGGACUUUAAAACUCAAGUGGAUGUGGUAUUAGCUUCAUGCAUUUUACAUAAUCACAUAAUUAAUUUGGAGCCUAACGACAUGAUAAUUCAAGAAGUAGAUGUGGAACCACUAGUUCAACCUCAAAAUGUUCAAAUUACUCAAAGCUCUCAAGGGAGUCAAAGCUCUCAAGGGAGUCAAAGCUAUCAAACCCAAAGAGAGAGGCGUGAAGAAGCUAGAGAAUGGUCGUUGAAAAGAGAUGCCAUUGCUCAUGCCAUGUUUACCGAUUAUGAUAGGAGGAGGAAUUAGAUGUUCUUAAAGAGUAGGUAUAACUAUCAAGUCAAAGUUCCUGAUUUAAUUUUUAGAUGACCUGAUUUUGUGAACUUUAUCUUGCUAUUUUUUCUAACAUUGUUGCUUUUACCAUUCUUGUUGUUCUGAUAGCUUAAAUGACAUGGGUAUAGAGUUUGAGCUGGAGUAGGUUCAUGUAUUUUGCAUCCACUUCAGUGAUAAUCUGUUGAAAAUUCAUUGUGAAAAAUCCCUUUUUGGGAUGUCAGGAUUGUUUGCUUUUACCAUUCUUGCUGUUCUGAUAGCUUAAAUGACGUGUGUAUAGAGUUUGAGCUGGAGUAGGUUCAUGUAUUGUGCAUACACUUCAGUGAAAAUCUCUUGAAACUUCAUUGUGAAAAUCCGUUUUUGGGAUAUGGGAUUUGUUUGCUAUUACCGUUCUUGCUGUUCUGUUAGCUUAAAGUACACAGGUAUAGAAUUUGAGCUGAAAUAGGUUCAUAUAUUCAAUCCAGUGUUAAUCUCUAUAAACUUCAGCAUGAAUAUCUCUUUAGGAAUAUGGGUUCUUCUUAUCCUUACUUCUUGCUGUUUUGUCAGUUUAAACGACAUAGGUUAGAACUUGAGCUAGAAUAGCUUCAUGUAUUCAGUAUUCACAUAUAUAGCUAUAGAAUGUAAUAUCUGACUAAUAUCCAAGCAAUCUUGUCACCUAACAAAACCCUGUUUACUUUAUCAAGAAUCAGCAGAUUGUCCUUUUGCUUACAGAUCAGAAAAGACUGUCAACACGGUGUCUGGUGAAUUUACUGCAGAUACAUGUAAAAAUGUGGUUGUCACUUGGUAUAUAAAGACUAAGGCAGGAAUCUACUGAGACUAUAUAAUUGUCAUCUUAAGUAUUAGAGUGGGGGAGUAUUUCUUAUAUUUGAAUGUUUUCUGUAACAGCAAAUAAUGGGCAAAAAAGGAGAGAAGCAGUUUAGGUGGUCAAAGCCAAUGAAAUAUUUGAUGUUGGAGAUCUUAGCGGAUGAAGUGAAGCAGGGAAAUAAAUCAACCAAUCAGUUUAAGGUUAUCUCAUUCAAUCGUGUUUCGAAUGCCAUUAAUGAACAAUUAGGAAUGGACUGUUCUCCAAAGCAUGUGGAGAAUCAUCUCAAAACGCUAAGAAGCACAUGGAAUAUAGUGCAAACUCUACUAAACAAAAGUGGUCUUGGAAGGGAUGACAACUUGAAGAUGAUUACUGCCAGUCCCAGAGUGUAUGCAAUGCAUAUUCAAGCGCAUCCUAGUCAUGAUAAGUUCAUCAAUAAGAAGAUUGAUAUGUUUGAAGAAAUGUCUCUUGUUUGUGGGAAUGAUCCAGCUAGGGGUGAUUGUGCUAAGUCAUUUGAAGAUAUAGGCUUGGAUUGUAGUUCAGAGAAAGGUAAUGAAGAUGAGAUUGAAGGACCGCCUAAGGCAAAAGAAGUGCAAGAUGUGAGUGAAACUUCUCAAGUCAAGUCAAGUCGUAAAAGAAAUCGUCCUUCUGAUGUGCAAGAUGUGGUCGGUGAUAUUUCAACAAAACUUGGAGAAGUGGCAGCAGCAAUAAGUAAGAUAGCUGAUAGCCGAUUAGAUGUGACGAGGUUGUAUGAAGAAGUUAUGGCAAUUGAAGGUUAUGGGGAAGAGUUCUUAGGGGAUGCUUUUGACUAUUUGGUACAAAGUGAUACUUUAGCUAAGGGAUUCAUGACUAAAAAUCAAAAUCUUCGUAAGGUUUGGUUGGAAAGGUUCAAGCGACUACAUAAAUAGAAUAUAUUAGUGAAUAGGAAGAACAUAACUCUAUAUAGUACUACUAUUAUUAGAGGACUUGAUAUCUUUUUGCUUGAAUUUGAUUUGUGUGCUUGAGACAAAGUUGUUUUACAUGUUUACAGAUUGUUAGUUUGUUGAUUUAAUGGUGUUAUUGAACUAAGU